GGAGAAACCGACCAAGUGACAGAAAAGCCACAGAAUGAGAGAGUGAGGCGAACUCCGGCAAAGUGGCGAGUCCUCCGAGCCGGGAGGCUCCCGUGCCCGCCGCCCAGGCGGCUCCGCUCUGCGCUCGGGGGCGCGCGGUCCGGUCCGGCCCACUCCGGUUCGGCCCGCCCCGUCGCCCGUCGGUCCGUCUGCCUGCUCCGCGCUCAAGCUCGGCUCGGCUCGGCGGCGGACUUGUCCAACAUGGUAGGGAGGUUGUUGUCGAGCGGCGCUCUCUUGUCAUGUCCUCGCAGUGCCGGUAGUGGUGCUGUAAGGAGAGUGCGCGGCUGAUUCGGCGCGGCGCCCAGGAGCAGCACGUCUGUCUGCCUUCACGGCUCUUUGCCGCCCGACAUAAACAAGCCCACUCCCAGCGCAGCGAGCCCCGCGCACAAACGGCACUCCGCCCCGCCGCGUCUCAGGCACCCGCCAGCGAGCUCGAAGCCCCGUUCCAGCGCGGGCUCGGCCAGCGGACCGCAUCUCGCACCAGGCAGGCAGCGGCUGCAGCUGAUGUUCACAAGGACAAGAGUCACGUGAUGUACGAAGGCAAACACAUUCACUUCUCGGAGGUGGACAAUAAGCCAUUGUGCUCGUACAGCCCCAAGCUCUGCAAGCAGCGCCGACUCAACGGCUACGCCUUCUGUAUCCGCCACGUCCUCGAAGACAAAACUGCGCCCUUCAAGCAAUGUGAAUAUGUGGCAAAGUACAACAGCCAGCGCUGUACCAACCCCAUCCCCAAGUCGGAGGACCGCAGGUACUGCAACAGUCAUCUGCAGGUCCUCGGCUUCAUCCCAAAGAAGGAGCGCAAGAAAAAGAAUGACGCCAUGGAGGAACUGCGGCCACGCUCUCACCUGGAGUCGGUGGCGCUCAACAUCACGGUGCCCUCGUUUCCUCUGAAGACCCCCAACGGGCUGGACGAGCUGGUGCCAUCGCCACCCCCAAGCGUCCGGCCGCUAGCGCACUUCCCCGACGUCGAGCUCCUCGACCCCUUUGCCUUCAAUGAGGAAGAGGCAGAGGGUGAGGAAGCCGCUUCCAGGAAAGGCUCGGCUGUCAGGAAGAAACUGCAGAGCAAGCUGGCCCUGAAUCAGCGCCUUCGCUUGGGGGAUGCCAUGCCAGAAAUUGUCCGAAUCCAAGCAGAGCACUUUAGCCCCUCGCCGGCACCUUGCACCCCUCUUCAGCUGCACCCACCUUCCCCACAGUGCACCCAGAUCCAGCCCUCCGCCCCGUCCCCUCACCCGUUUCCCCUGCCCCUCCCGGUCAUCUGCAAGCCGCCUCCACCUCCGAGCGGCGCCCAGCUGGCGCCGGCUCAGACCAACAGCCACUCUCCCAGCAAGAAGCCAGCCGGUGGCACAUCAUUCCUGCUGCCGAGCGCCGGGCCUCCCCCUCUGGUGGACUCUGUGAAAGCCAGCACCGUCAUCUUGAAGCCCAGCAAGUUCACGCCACCGCCGGCCUGCCUGAGCCGGCUGCAGAGACUGGUCAAACUGUGCACACAGCACCAGCAGCAGGAAGGAGACCUCUUCCCUCACUUGGGUCUCGACUGGUCAGAGGACAGCGCGGAGGACGACGAGGAGGCUGAGCACAUGCCACCAUAUCAUUAUACCUGGAGGUUACGUGAGAGGUACUUGCAGGACAGCUCAGAGGAUGAAGUCGGCUCCCUGCGGAGCCAUCGAUUGGCCCGACUUUGCACUUAUCUGCAGCAGAAGUACAAGCACCUAUGCCGCCUGGAGAGGGCGGCCACACGGCAGAAGAGGUGCCGCUACGCUUUCCGGAAGGCGUUGCUCCACGCGGCCAGCAAGGACCCGGACUGCACUGGACAGCUGAUUCAGGAACUCAGGACUGCCUCUCGGGCUCACAGCAGUCCGCGGCCCCCAGAACAGAGAGAGAUGACGCCUGCGUUGUGCUUGGGCAGCAAUAAGGGGCAGGCGUGCACCACUCCUGCGCUGCCCUACACUCGGCACUGCUUUCAGCAUAUCCUGCUGAACCGCUCCCAGCAGCUCUUCUCGAGCUGCACAGCCAAGUUCGCCGACGGCCAGCAGUGCUCUGUUCCCGUCUUUGACAUCACACAUCAGACCCCGCUGUGUGAAGAGCACGCCAAGAAGAUGGACAACUUUCUAAGAGGUGACAGCAAUCGGAAAGUACAGCACCAGCAGCAGAGAAAGCCCCGUCGGAAAACAAAACCUCCAGCACUCACCAAAAAACACAAGAAGAAGCGGAGGAGAGGACCUCGGCGGCCCCAGAAGCCCAUCCCACCCGCUGUGCCGCAGGGCAAUCUGGGCAUGCCCUCCAGCCUAACACUGCCCGCCAGCAUCAGGAGCCCCUCCACGCCGGAGCUGAGCACAGACGAACUCCCCGACGACAUCACCAACGACAUGCCGGACAUUCCCAACGACCUGGAGCUCAAUCAGGAGGACUUCUCGGACGUUCUGCCCCGGCUGCCCGACGACCUGCAGGAUUUUGACCUUUUUGAAGGUAAGAACGGCGAGCUGCUGCCCACGACCGAGGAGGCGGAGGAGCUGGAGCGAGCCUUGCAAGCCAUGACCUCUUACACGGCCUCCCUGGAGUGCCUGAGCUCCAUAGGGGGCCUGACCCAGCCCGACGGCGUGGGGGUCUUCUCUGGCGCGGCCGUCGGCGGAGGCGGCAUGGCGUCCUUGAGCCGUGCGGUGACCGGCGCCGAGCUGGGUGACCUUCUAAAUGGCCGCAUCCCGACCGAGAACUUUACCAGCCUGGAGCUGGAUGAGAAUCUGCUUCAUUCUGCCAGUGGUCAGUUCAGCGCAGCCCCCCCUCCGCCCUCCGCCACCGUCAGCCUUACCGUGGCCUCCUCCAACCCGCUGCUCAGCCAGAGCCCCCUGGCAGAGCGGACGUUUCCAUCUGCCUUCCCCGGGCUGCACGAGGACGAGCGCGCCUCGCCACGAAGCCAUUCCUCCCACCUGCUUGGCAAAGCAGAGGAUCUCCUGUCUCCGCAGCAGCCAUAUGCCAGUGAACAGCCGCACUCGCCUCCUCCCAGCAGCCACUUCAGCAGUGAGCACGUCGCACCUCUCAUGAGCUCCACCAUCCUGCCCGGCCAGCUGGAGGUACCCUUAAGCAGUGUGCCAGGCAACCCGCCUCGCUCCUCAUGGAACAAUAUCCCCAUGACCCUGGCCGACCCCAGUCAGUUUGGCAACCUGUUGGCAGCCGAGGGCCACUUGAUUUCCACCUCCCUGUCCACUCCCCCGUCCACCUCGCACUCGGUGACCAUCCAGCCCUCUGUUGCCCUCUCGGCAUUGCCCCACACCAAUUUCAGUGGCUUGCCCGCUGCUGUCGGCUCCUCUGCCACCCCUUCCUCGGCACACGACCUUCUGACCUCCAACCCCCCCAAACAGCAGCUUCCUCAGUUCAGCGCCGCCUUCGGCCACCAGCUGUCGUCGCACAGUGGCAUCCCCAAGGACGUUCAGCCGAGCCACAGCUCCACGGCGCCCCCUGCCGGCUUUGCAGUCGCUAGCGCGACCGCCGCGAGUGCCGCCAGCGUCACGUCGCCUUUUACCGUGCAGAAGUGAGGCUGAUUUGCGAUGUGCCGACGCAGGAUACGAGCGGCCAGGGUUUCAAACAAGUGGACACUGGGGGUCCGGGUUUGGGGGAGGGGAGGGGGUGCUGCUGGGGUUCAGGGGGUGGGGGAGGGGGAAGGGGGGGGCGAGGCAUUCUUUGCAUCCCCUGGUGGUGGCAGAGGGGAGGCCUCGGUGGUCCUGCUCAGCAGUCCUGCACUUGGGGGCGCGUAGCGGCGCCUAGUGGCGAGGCAGGGCACACACCUAUUUGUCAUAUUUAUAAUCGGAUUCCUUUUAAAGAAAUGCCAUUUGUUAUGCUUUUAACUUUUUGGACAAAUAAAGAUGAUCCUUAACGAGCAGUUGCAUGCUUUAUUUCUGGUGAUGUUGACGCAGGGCAGGGGGUCCUCCAAGCGCUGGGCUGGCAUCUCGCACUCUCUUGCUGCUGUUCCUUUGUUUGAAACCCUCAGCCUGGUUUAAAAAACAGGAAGUUAUGGGGGCCGGGCGCUGUUGGCGGUCCCACGAGCGCAUAGUCUGGCAUAUGGCUCUGCCAUGUGCCUCACCCAGCACGUGGUCGGCCUGCCCAGGCCUUCAACCCAUGGCUGUCUCGCCGACACGGGCACUUGGCUGACCGGCACGGCGUGCUGCUGCUGCUGCUGAAAGUGCCACUUUGUACCUGGUGUCACCUUUGCCAAAUCGGCUCGGCUGCAGCCUUGGAGUACAAUCCUUCCUAUGGUGCUUUCUUCAAACUCGGGGCUGGAAGGGAACGUAAAGAUUAGCAGUUUGCGUGGAAUUGCAGCGGGAUGGCCCCCCCCUGCCAGCAAUGGCGUGGACUCGAGUGGCCUGGCGGGCAUCCCGUUGGGUCUUUGGACCCGCAAACUGUCUCCGGGUAGGCAAUGUCAGUAACGGGGUUGAGGAGCCUGGUGGGCACAGAUUUGGGGGGUUGGGGGGGGGGGUGCUCCUCUGGGGUGGCAGUCCCUGCAAUUCCUGUUUUCUUUUGCUUUGUCUUGCACAAUUUCUGGAGAGCUUGCUGUUUAGGGAGGACCGUGGUGCCGAUACAAGAAGUGCCUCUGAUGCUCCGAACACCGUGUGUCAAGUCGGCGUCCCAGGGUCCUCGUCCUGUUCCUUUUUUCGUGGAGGAGGCCGCUGCGUGAUCAGGUUAGAAUUGUAGUUUUACGAAGAAGCCAGUCUCUCUUUUUGCUUCAGCUUUGUUCCCUUCACAAAGCCUGCCCCGUCCCCCAGCGCCCCCCACUGGACAGGUCGACUUGGCGGACUUGCACUAAUGCGGCAGCCGAGGAGGCACUCGCCGGUCACAAUGUCACUGCUGCAAUAACUGGAGGCCACGAGGCCUUCGUCCACCCCCUUUUGAGUUGGGGCCGUGGUUCUGUGCCACCCGUGCCCCCCGCCCGCCCCAAUCCCCAGCCCUGUCGAGUGCGUGUCGUCUGUCCUGUCGGUCCACUGCCCCCAAUAAUAAAGCAGAUACCUCUGAGUGGCUGGUGUCGGCCGCGGCUCCCCGUUCCUCUUCUCGUUGAAUGUACUGUACUCCUGGGACGAGCUAAUCCUGAUCGAGUCACCUUUUGUUAUUGGUCCUUGUUUAAUUUGUUUAACGUAUUUUUUGUAUACAAAGGUUUACAUUUUUAUGUAUAUUUUUCUUGUGUAUAAAUGCUGUAAUAUGUGUAUAAACACUCGUAUGUAAUAUCUGUAUAUAGUGUGCCACAUAUGGAUCUUUGUUUUUUGGAUGUACAAAUAAAACUUGCUGUGAGCUGUU